CUACAUCCUUAUCUUUUCUAAUAUCCUACAAACCCCACUCACUUCUCUCCGAUGGCGUCUGUCUCUCCCCCAAACUUCCCACCCUCCGUACGCAUCUCCGAUCCCCUUCACACUCUCCACAAACUCACCCACACCUACACCACCCCCAAAUUCACACACACUUCUCGAUCAAACCCUACCCCAACCUAUUCCUCCAAUCUAUUCACUCACUCCGCCCCUAGGGUUUUGGAUUCUUCAACAAUUUGUCGAUCUCACAAAAGCUUCGAUGACGGAAGCAACCCGAUGGAUGACGAAAGCCCUAUCCGGUGGGACGAGGUGAUUCAGCAGAAUGUUAGGAGUGUGAUUAAGUGGUUUGAUGAUUAUGUUAGGAAGAAUAUUGUUCAGGUGGAGAGUGGUGAGGUGAAGAAGGACGGUGAGGUUGUGGUGGAUGGAGAUGAGGUUUGGGAUUGGGAGCGGUGGAAGAAGCAUUUUGAUGAGGUGGAUGAAAAGGAGCGGAUUGUGUUGUUGUUGCAGGCCCAACUAAAGCAUGCUGUUGCCAAUGAGGACUAUGAAGAUGCUGCUAGGAUCAAGGUUGCAAUUGCAGCAGCUGCUAAUAAUGAUACUGUUGGCAGGGUGAUGUCUCAGUUGAAUAAAGCCAUAAAAGAGGAGCGUUACAAGGAUGCAGCAUUUGUACGAGAUUACGCUAGUGCAGGUUUGGUUGGUUGGUGGGCUGGAUUUUCAGAUGAUAGCAAGGACCCAUAUGGUCGAAUCAUCCGUAUAAGUGCAGAACACGGAAGAUACCUCGCAAGAAGUUAUAGUCCCAGGCAGCUUGCCAAGGCCGCAGAUGGUGCCCCUUUGUUCGAGAUAUUUAUUACAAUGAACGAAAAAGGAGAAUACAAGCAUCAGGCUGUAUACCUCAAACGUAAAGGGGGUCCUCAGGAUUUUUCAAUUUAUUCCUCCAAGUCACCUGGUGUUAGUAUCAUCAACACCAUGAAUACCGUGGACCCCAUGGGUGACAAAGGUGAUGUAUUUGCAAAAGAUAAUGAAGAUACAGAUGAUGAAGAAUAUAGUUUCGAGAAUAUUCUGCGGGAUAUAAUUCCCGGUGCAAAAGAUGUGAAAAUUAAGGUUAUGAAUGUGACAUCGCCAGGAAAAAUAGACCGGGAUUUAAUAUCGAAAGUGGUUGAACAAAUUAUUGAUGAAGAAGAUGAAGAAGAAGAUGACGAUGAUGUUGAUGAGGAUGAGGGCGAGGAUACAGAGGAAGCCAAAGAUGAAACUGAUGGUGUUGAAAAUGAAUAUGAUAUUGAUAUUGAUAUUGAUGCUGGUAAUACCAUAAUUGAUGGGGAAAAUGAUAGGCAAAUUGCGGUCAAAGUGGUCGUUGGUGGUUUAGCACAAAAAGUGUCCAAUGAUGCAUCUCAUAAAGAUUUAGUUCGAGUGCCGGCUAAGCUUGAAAAGAAAAACCGUUCGUCAUUCACUUUCUCUAUACAAAAAGAUGAAAAUGAUCAAUCGGGCAAUGCACAAUCUUUAAGUCAGAAAGAUGCUAAGAUUCAAGGUACUCGUAGUAUCGACACUGUUAUGGUUAACUUUGCCAAAUAUAUUGGAACAGGAAAGAUACCCAUGAAGGUGCUUAAAGAUGUGAAUCGGUUGAUAAAUCUCAGCCUUAGUCAGGCUCAAAACCGUCAACCUUUAUCUGGAUCUACAACGUUUAACAGAAUCGAGCUUCCCUCUAAUCGUGAUCCUUUAAAUGGAUUAUAUGUUGGUGCACAUGGGAUAUACACUUCUGAGGUGAUUCAUCUAAAACGAAAAUUCGGGCAAUGGAAAGAAGAUGGUAACAUGAAGAAUUUUUCAAAUCUCGAGUUUUACGAGUAUGUAGAAGCCGUAAAGAUUACUGGGGAUCCUUAUGUUCCAGCUGGACAGGUUGCAUUUCGUGCAAAAAUUGGUACCAAGUAUCAGCUCCCUCAUAGAGGCAUCAUCCCGGAAGAAUUUGGAGUGAUCGCUCGAUAUCGGGGACAAGGGAGGCUUGCAGACCCGGGAUUUCAAAAUCCGCGAUGGGUUGAUGGUGAACUUGUUAUUUUGGACGGAAAGUACAUUAAUGGUGGUCCUGUUGUUGGGUUUGUAUACUGGGCCCCUGAGUCCCAUUUCUUGGUGUUCUUUAAUCAGCUUAGCCUGCAGGAGUAAGAUGCUCUUUGUACAUGAAUCUUCACAAAUCUUUUUUUCUAGCUGGUUAAGAUCGUAUAGUGUCAGAUGACUUGUGGAAUCCUAAGAGUGAAGCAAGGAGGUGUAGUUAGUCUUCCAUUAGAGUCAAUGACCGAUGUAAUUAACAUGUGUUAUCUAGGGAGGGGACGCCUCAUUUGAUGUAUGUAAGUUGGUUACUGCAUCCCAACAUCUAAAUCAAUCAGUCUUGAUAAUAAGUCCUCAAUAGAGAAAGUUCAAAUUUUGUUGCCUUUUUGUCUUGUACAUUGUUUUUUUUUUUUAUAAACUAGUUUCAGUUGGUUUUGACUCA